AUGAAUCUAAAAAACAAGACUCUAGUGACCGUGUUUAGGUUUUCUGGUCUAUCUGAUGAUAAGGAACUUGCCCCAUUCCUCUUCAUGUUCUUUUCACUGGUUUACAUGGUUACUAUAUGUGGAAAUGUUGGGAUUAUGUCCAUGGUUUACAUCUCGCCCAGCCUCCACACUCCCAUGUACUACUUCUUGAGCUACCUCUCUAUGGUGGACAUCUGCUACUCUUCAAUCAUUGCUCCUGAAAUGUUGUCCGACCUCCUGUCUGAGAAGAAACUAAUCACUUUCAUGGCUUGCGCCUUCCAGUUCUACUUCUUUGCUGCAAUGAUAGGGACGGAGGUCCUUGUCCUGUCCAUCAUGGCGUAUGACCGAUAUGUCGCGAUCUGCCGCCCUCUCCAUUAUGUCUUAACAAUGACUAAGAAGAAAUGUCUCUAUCUUGUCCUUUUUACCUUCUCCAGUGGAUUUCUGCACUCAGUCGCACAGACCAGCAGUCUGUUCAGUCUUGAGUAUUGUGACUCCAACCUCAUAGACCACUUCUACUGCGACAUCCCUCCACUGGUCAGGUUGUCCUGUUCCGACACCCGCACCUGCAACAUCGUCACCCUUUUCUUUAUGUGUCUUUUCAGCUUAAGUUCAAUGACAAUCAUCCUGGUCUCCUACGCCCUCAUCAUCUCUUCCAUCUUACGGAUAAGCUCAGCGGCUGGCAGGAGAAAAGCUUUUAGCACCUGCUCCUCCCAUCUCAUGUGUGCGUCCAUCUUCUAUGCAACGAUUUAUCUCACUUACUUACCUUCAUCUGGCAUCACACUUAAGAAGCAAGACAAGGUGGCCUCUGUCUUCUACGCGGUGGUCACUCCAAUGCUGAAUCCUCUUAUCUACAGCUUGAGAAACCAAGAGAUGAAAAAGGUCAUCAUCCAACAAAUGCAGAAGGUUCACAAUAAACAUACAUGA